UACUCUCUCAGAGCAACAUAAGUACUAGAAGCAAAUUAAGGAGUUAACCAAUCAGGUUUUCGAAAAUGGAAUCCAAGAAAACAGCUUCAUUAGCCCUUCUUCUCUCACUCAACCUUGUCUUCUUUGCCGUGGUCAGUGCCACUAGCGCUACACCUAUACCAGAUUCGGCGUAUUAUCCUGUAAGUAAAUGUGAUCCACUGAAGUUAGGAGUAUGUGCAAAUGUGCUUAACUUGGUUGAUAUUGUUGUCGGAUCUCCUCCAACAUUGCCAUGCUGCAGUCUCAUCAAAGGCCUUGUUGAUCUUGAGGCUGCUCUGUGUUUAUGUACCGCCAUUAAAGCCAACAUUCUCGGAAUCAACUUGAAUGUUCCUAUUGCACUCAGCUUGGUUCUUAAUAACUGCGGCAAGGAACUCCCUUCUGGUUUUGAGUGUUACUAAAAUACCAUCUUCAUGGUGGUUGUUGGUCGACGUCUGCAACUUCAAUUUAAUUUAUUAAAUUCUUGUCUUCUAUAUUAAACAUUUCUUGAAUUUGUUGAAGAAAUGUAUUGUUUGUUUCCUGUUGAUUGUAUUUCAUCUCAGCUUCCUUAAUUUGUUUUGGGGCUUGUAAUCUUUCCUUUUGGGUAAAAUUUUAAUUCUUGGUUCGA